AGCUGCCCGCCCGCCUGCCUUCCCUCCCUCCCUCCCUCCCUCCGGGCAGCGCUCGGCUCCGAGCCGCUUCCUGUCCCGCUUCCGUGGCCGUCGCGCCCCCUCGCCAGGCCCGGGGCGAGAGAGGACGGGGCUGGAGGAGCGCCGCGGAGCCGUGGGUCGGGGGGGGAGAGGGGCUCGCCGCCGUGUGCCAGCCCUGCCUGUGCCGCAGGGGAGCCGGAGGAGGAGGAGGAGGAGGAUGAUCAGGUCACGGCCGAUCCUAGCCCGGGGGUGAUUAAAAGAUUACAUGAAAUGCGUUAGGCUGUAUAAGCUUUCCUUCAUCCCUGUGGUUUAGCCGUACCCUCCCAAAACUUCUGCUCUCUGCCCUGUGUUACAGCGUGUAGCCCAGCAAAUGGCUUAUGUGUUUGGCAGCUUGCAAAGUCAUUUGUGAGCCUCCAAUUCUAAAGCCAAAGUGUCGGGUGGUCUGUGGAUGAAUAAGGAGUGAAAGCAGGAAGCGGUUGUCACAACUUGCCUGUCAAAACCAAUUUACUAGUUUUUAGACUCAGUUGUUUGGAAGGUAACAUCCAGUUGCAGAUCAUGGCUCAUCGAAUUUCAAAAGAAGAAUUAGAUGAGCAGUUUGAAGAGUUUCUGAAAGAGUCUCUUUCAGAUGAUUCACUUGGAAAUUCAAAGAAAAAAUCCAGCAUUCUUGAGACAUUGGGACAGCCCAGGAAAAAAGAAACAAAGAAAAAGGAUUCAGUGCCGUGGUGGAUAUCUGAGGAGGAUUCAGAUGAUGGUGGAAUGCUUGGAGCCAAUGGAAGCUUUGUCAAGAUACAGAACACUUCUCAGCCUAUGGGGGAAACAGAUGAGAAUGUGCACAUGGAAAAGAUGCAGCUUCAGAAAAGUAAUGGGGUUGCUGUCUCCUUAAGUAGAGACAGCCUGGAGACAAACGAUUCAGUUUUAGCUUCUGGGCCUAAUCAAAGUAUCGUGGGAGUUGGACUGGAUACCUUGGAAGAACAAGAAGAAAAAGAGAUCUUUUUUGCCAAACUUGAACAAGAAGCUUCCUCUACUAUUGAUUAUUCAAGAUUAAAUAAAGAGCUGGAUUCCAAUGAUUCUGUAUUACUAGCACCAUUUGUACGAAAUGAAAAAACUGGAAAAGGAGAAGAGGAAUCCGCACAUGAAGAAAAAUCUGGCAGCUACAGUGAAGAUUUUGAGGAAGAAACAGAUGCUAAUCCAGCCUUUAAAACUGAGGGAAGCCAGGUGAAUCAAAACAACAUGUCAGGAGUUGAUUUAAGUCCUCAAGAACCGGAAGAAGCAAACACUGGCAUGCUGGCUAAAGUUGUAUUACUUGAUUCACAAGAUUCAACUACAGAACUUCAAAAAGCCAUUGAAACAUCAGAUGUAGCUGUAGGUGAACAUUAUUUGCCUGAAGAAGUCAGUGGAAUUGAAAUGAAUGAAGCAGGCACUUCCUAUGGACAAACCACCAGUGACAUCGAAGCGUUACACCAAGCAUACCAUCAUAUUGAUCAGUCUUUGGGAGACACUGAUGAGCAAAAAAACCUGCAUGAUUCUGCAACAGCAGUCUCGGAAUACUUGGCACAAGGUGUUUCGCAAAAUAAUGACAUCUGCUCAAAAAACAUGUCAACUAUUGAGUCAGAUUUACCUACUGUGGAAGAAUUGAUGAAACCAAUUAAAGGGCAUUCAUGUAAUAUCAGAAGUUCUGAUGUGGAGCCUGAAAGUCCUGUGAAACUGGUAGACAGCACAGCAAAUGACCUCAUCAGCCACUUGCCCUUUAAAGAGUACCAGAGUAAUACAGUUUGGGAGACAAACUUACUUGAAAAAUUUAACAGAGAAGAGAGCAUCUUUCUGCAGACAGCUGUGAAUGACGAUAACUUUCAGAGGGUGACUGAGAAAGAAAUUCAGACCUGUGACGUACAGCCUGAUGUACUACGAGAAAAAAUAGUACAAGACACUCUGCUUUCACAAGGCACCAAAACUAGAAAAGCUCUUCGGUCUAGUUCCUUGAAGAAUGAAAGAUCAGAGUCAAUGACAACUAAACCGGUGUUAUACAAGAAUAUCAGAAGUCCAGCACCUUUACAUAAAAAGAAAUCUUCAUAUGGUCCUCAUGGGGUGGUUAGAAGUUCUGGGUAUGGAAAACCCACAUCACUCUCAAAACAGUCUUUUCCAGUUAAUGAAAAGAAAACACCAAAAGAAACUUUGAAAAAGACCAGUGUGAAAACCAAAAGUCCUGCAGAUAGAGCAAGAUCUAAAGAAGCCUUAUUUGCUACUAGGAUAAUAAGAUCUGCAACAAAUGAACCAACUUUGAAGGGAAGUUUUAACAGAGUUACGUCUGGCCAAUCAGUUGUUAAUAAUCUUGGACACCAGGCUGUGGAUUAUUGCAGGCAGUAUCAGCAUGAUUUAUCAUUUUCUCCUAUCAAAAGUUGUGAUAGAGAACUGUAUUUGCUGAAACGAGUACAAGUUGCAGAGGAGGACCUGAACACAGCUCGUGAUUUGAUUCAACAGCUAACCAGCACGGUUUCACAAAAAGAAAAAGAAACAGAGACAAAGAUAGUAGAACUGAAAACACAGCAUGAAAAAGAGAUUUCUCGGUUGGGUCAGGAGAACUAUGUUCUUCAGAGUAAGUUAAGAAGCAUGGAAGAGCAGAAGCGGGAAAAGAGAUGGACCCAUCACACAGCAACAGUUCCUGUCACUGAAGAAAAACUGGCACAAAUACAAAAAGAAAUUGAAGAUCAAGAGGUCAUUAUUCAAGGUUAUCAACAGGAAAAUGAGAGGUUAUACAAACAAAUGAAAGAGCUACAAAUCCAAAACAAAAAAAAUGAGGAACGAAUGUUUAAGGAGAAUCAGUGUUUAAUGUCUGAAUUAAUAGCCCUAAGAGAAAAGGUAGAGAAGACUAAUAUCCAGUCACGAAUCGUGCAGGAUUCUGAACCAGCCAGAAAUCAAAGCUUCACAGAAUUGAUUUCAGAGCUUCGAGCUGCACAGAAGGAAGAAACUAAAUUACAAGAAGAGAUAAGACGUCUCAAACAAGAUAAGCAAGCUCUUGAGGUAGACCUGGGACAAGCAAAGAAGGAGAGAGAUUUAGCAAAAGUCCAGAUUGCAUCCACAUCAGGUGAGAAGUCUUAUGAAUUUAAAGUUAUGGAAGAAUCAUACAAACAGGAAAUUACUCAUUUAAAAAGGCGACUUCAGUGGUAUGCAGAAAAUCAAGAUCUUCUGGAUAAAGAUGCAGCCCGUCUUAAAGAUGCAAGAGAAGAAAUUGAGAAACUAAAACUAGAGGUUGAGAAGCUCAGAGCUGAAGCUGGACAUCAGUGCGUGCAACAGAAGAAACGUUUGCCAGAAAGAGCGGCAGAUGCUAAAAGAAUACAGGAUCUUGAGCGACAAAUCAGAGAAAUGGAAGGAAUUCUAAAAAGAAGGUAUCCAAAUUCUUUGCCUGCUUUGAUUUAUGCUGCUGCUGCUGCUGAGAAAGCUAAUGGUCUUUCAGCUAAAACAAGCACCGUUGAUUUUUUGGAGAGAAGAAUAAAAAAGUUAGAAACAGAACUUGAAGGUAAGGACGAUGAAGCUAAAAAAAGUCUCCGUGCCAUGGAACAACAGUUUCAAAAAAUAAAGAUACAGUAUGAGCAAAGACUUGUAGAGCUUGAGCAACUGCUUGCCUACAAAUUUAUGAGCGAAUCGCCAAAACUGGACAGUGAUAAAGCCAGUCCUGCAGAACUUGAACAGGAGCUUCAGAAUCUGAAGAAGACCCAUCAGAUCACCAUUAAAAACCUCCAGACAGAAAUUGAAAACCUUAAAAGUCAAAAUUCCCAAUUAAAACUCAGAAGUAAAAAGGAUAAUAAAGACUUAGAGUCCACAGACUCUCAAAUGAAACAAGGUAACACAAAAGACAGGCUGCUAAAACUAAAUGAAGAACUGGUCACCAAAAAUAGGGAAAUACAGGACCUUACAAAAACUGUAGAGAAACUUCAAAAAGAAAGAAUGGUGAUGUUGUCCGAUAAUAAUUUGAGAAAUAAAACUGAUAAUAAGGAAAACUGUACAGACAUCUUGAAAAAGAGUACUUCAGCAACAGAUAAAAGGAAUUCCAGCAACAGUGAACCCUUUCUAAGCAUUUUCAAGGAUGACAAAAUAUACCAACCACGUACCUUUUCUGAUUCUAACCUCUCGGAAGUUCUGCAAGAAAAUGCACAGCUGAAAGAGGAGCUAGACAGAUUGUCUCUAGAAAUGAACCAGCAGAGGGUGAAGUCUCAAGCAACACUGGCUUAUUCUGAAAAUAACGUACGAAGGAUACAGGAAGAGACAGCAGAGUACAUUUCAUCUCUGAAAGCUUCCCAUCAGAGGGAAGUGGAGAAGAUUCUUUGCCAGCACGCAAAGGAGCAUUCUACUUCUAAAGUAGCUGAACUAAGCAGCAGAAUUUCAACACAAGAGAUAUUAAUAAAGCAUCUCCAAGAACAAAUCACUGAACAACAGAGACAUCAGGAAGCCCUUCUAGUUUCACAAAUGCGAGAGGAACUCCUACAAAAAGAGGUGACAAAAUUGUUGGAAGAACUGAGAGAGGCUAAGGAGAGCCAGAGUCCUGAAAUGAAACAUUUCUUGUGCCUGGAAAAGAAAAUCAAGCAUAUAGAGACCAGACAUGCAGAAAGAGAGCAAGAAAUUCAAAAGGCAGCCCAACUAACACAGCGCGCUACUGAAGCGAGGCAAAGCCGCGAGGCUGAGAAGUGGCGAAGGCUGGCACAGCGGAAGAAUCGAGAACUGGAGAAAUUUCGAGUGGAAUUGGAUUCGAUAUUAGAUGUUCUACGUGAACUGCAGAAACAAGGGGUUGUUAUUCCUGUACCUAAUUCCAGUGGAUUCAACGUGACGGACAGCUUUUGGAAGACGUGAUUAUGUAGGAGUGGGCUAGAGAAGCAGAAUUUUAACACUCAGUUAUCUAUAGAAAAUAUUAUUGAAAACCAUUAAUGUAACGCUUGUAAAUUUAAUUACAUUCUGAUCUUACCUGGAAUCUUGCUUGUCCAAAGGUAGAUUCGCAUUGAGCACCACCCCAGUCAUCUUGUAUGAUGUCUCGUAUUUUGUUAGUAAUAAAGUUACAUGCAAUUUUUAAAAUAUCUUAGGAAUACUGAGAUUAUUCCAUGAACUCACUUACCAUUGAGAAAUUCCAUUUGAUGCUUUUUCAGAUACUGGAGGACAUGCCUGAAUACCUUUAACUUCUGCUUAGAACUUGUCUCACAGUGAUUCCUCUGUGAACAAUUUGACUACCACGCUGUUUGGCUUGUGGUUUUAGUAUAUAGUGUUGUUAUUUUUCAUUUGAUAGGGCACAAAAAUCCUCUCCCCCCUCACCCCCCCAACAUGUUGCUUCUCUCCCUCCACUUCAUAGAAUAUUCCUUCCUUUAAGACACCUUUUACCCUUGUGAAUGACUGGAGGGGUGGAGCAGAGCAGGUGUUCCCUGGUGAUGCUCAGAUUCCAAGUGGUCCCUGUUUACUCUGCAGAGCUUUCCAACUGCACUGGGAAGAAUGAUGGCAGAGCGGCUGCCUGAAUUGUUACAGGGCAGACAGGAAAAAAGCCUGUAAAAUACAGUGCGAGAGUAGUUAUUGGUAUCCCUUGUAAAAGGGAAGGCUGUCCUGAGUAAGUUUACACAGGGCUGUUCCGGAUCUGACGGAGUACCAUCUUCAGAGAUGAUCUUGACAGAAUAGAGGCCCAUCAAAUGUGAAGACAAUGUACUAAAGCUCAACUGCAGGGUCAGGGUGGUGGGCAAAUUCAGAGUUAAAAUACAGAGCAAUUUGGAAAAGGGGCCAAGAGGAAGAAAAAAACAUCUUCAAGAGUGACAAGGGAGACUAGUUUGCUAAAGCAGGAGUGAUCUACCACCCAACCACCGCCUGCAGAUGUACCGGCCUGUGAACUGACGGGCAUCGUAGCGGGUAACAAGCAGAAUGUUAGAGACACCAUUGCCUUCUCCCUCCCUGCUUCUGCCCUGCUGGAGUCACACGCCUCUUCAAGGCCCUUCCAUGCUCUUUUUGACACACAUGCACACAAAGAUAAUGUGAGAGAGAGUGUAUAUAAAGAGACAUGAAAAAAAUUGUUUGCAAUUAAUAUAGUAAUCUUGGUUGUUUCAUAUUCAGAUAUUUUCAGUAUUUUUUGGAUGGAUGUUUUGUCCCCCAUUAAUGAUUAGUCUGUAUUCAUAAAAUGUACAUACAACAAGACUUCCUAUAUAAAAAUAUCGGCUACGUGUAAAUAUGCUGCAUUUUCUUGAUUUGGGAAUAUUUUGCAAAUGAAAAGGGUAAAAAAGGAUAAUCACAACUUCCUAGUUAUUUCCUGUACAGUUGGCUCUAUGUGUAACUCUGUAUUAAAGUGUGUGACCUGGA